AUGGCAACAACUCCCAAUUUUCUGGGGAUGGAGUUGAGCUAAAGGACAGUAAUGAGGACAUUUACAUUCCGUUUAGCAGCCCACAUGAUAAGAGAGCUAUUGUCAUAGCAAACACAAGCCAACCUGAUAUCAUUGAUAUGCUUGUCAAAAAAAAUCGGAAGGCUUGGGGCAUCAUAAGGUAAUAGGAAGCAAAGUAUAAACACCUCCAAUUCUCAUGGGAGUUAAGGGCAAGAGUCAUAGCUGAUCUUGAACAUAAAUUGUUCAACCAGUCAAGCCCACCCAACAUGAAUACCGAAAUAAAAAAGUGCAUAGAGUAGAAGGAUGAAGAAAUUAAGCACUUAACGCAGCUGGUCAUUGACUUAGAAUGCGAGAAAACAAUUCUUCAGGACCUUUAUGAUGACCAGUCAGUCCACAUUGUCACACAGGCUGAGGCGCAGAAGCAACUCCCUGGCCCAAUGCAACACAAUCUCAGCCCACCUUCUAAGGUGAAGCGUAUAAAGGAGGAAGAUCGAAAAGAGCAUCGCUUGCCUGACUUCCAGUACCCAGACUUACUUGGCCAAAAACAGCCCCAUACAGUCGAAAUGGUUGAAGAUAUGGACAAACACCCACUAGCGAAGCACCCAAAAAAAUUAACCUUGACCAACAAGUUCAAAGUCUGGAGCAAGAUGUCCAAACAAGACAAGCAAAAGGUCCAGGCUUUACAAAAGAGUGGAGGCAAUGAGCUGCUUGUGUGGAAAGGAGACUCGAAGUCUACACAUAUGUAUUUUGAUGACAUUGUGAACCUUAUCAAUGAGGAAUCGAUACACAUCAAUCUCAUAGAUGCAUAUGCCGAACUAUUGCAUGAACAACAAGAGGUGGUCAACCCAACUUCAGAUGAAGCGCCAUUUAUCUUCACGAGCAUGUGUUUGAAAGUGAUACGAGAGUACCAUUCUCGCAAAAGAAGUAAACACAUUGAUGCACAUGUGGAAAACUACCAGGGAGAGAGAUACCUACUAUUCCCAUUGCACCAUGACUUCCAUUGGACGAUAGUUGUGUAUGAUGCUAAAGACAAUUUGUGGAGGCAUUACAACUCAUUGCGCCCAAUGACAGGCAUACAUGACCCGCAUAUUGACCAAGCACAGGAAGUUAGGAAGUACAUCGAGAACGUUGUGCGCGUUAUUGGCGGGUCAUCACAGCUAUGCACUAAGUUAGCAGGCCAAUAUCCGUCAUAACUAAUCAUAUCAGUUGAUGUCUAUCCUUGGCAGGGCGACGACUCAGUGGACUGCGGACCUGCAGUAUGUUACAUCAUGCGGGCGCACAUAUAUCAUGAAGAAAUUGUUGGCAGCCUCACUAGUUCUGAAUGGUGUUGACUACGAGACUUGUUAAUACAUAGUUUUUUAAAUCAUAAGAAAUCAGAGCGUCAUUAAAACCUAUAGGUGGAGGGGUGUCCACCUACAAACUAACCAACACUCGAUAUCAAUGUUAAUAUCGAGUGCUUUGACAUUUUAACACAACAACUGAUUGUAAAUCAGUGAUACAACAUCUAUUAAUGGAAAAAAGUCACUUGUGA